UUCAUUUCUCCAUUGUCCUUCCGCCACCCAUCUCUUCACUGUCACUAUAAAAGAUCGAAGCUUUUUCUCACUUCUCAAAAAUUCUUUGAUGGGGUUGAAUUUCCCUGUAUGCUGAUUCAGUUUUAGCUCUCAAAUCUUGCAUCUACAAACAGAAAAAGUAAACAGAAAAAAUUAUAUAGUAUUUAUAUAUAUAGUGUAUACAUUGUAAUUCUGUAUGUAUGUGUAGAUUUUUUAUUGAUCUGAGCUUGACCCAUUUGAGAUCUCAGUAAGUUAGUAUAAGGGUCGGUUUUUGUUUUUGUUUUUUUUCUGUUUUUUGUUUCCUUGAUCUUUUCUUGAUUUUAUGUUCAUGGCAGAUUUGUUUGUCUUUUCUUGCUUGUAGAAAUUGGGUGGUAAUUUGGGGAUAUUUGAUUUGAAGGGAGUUUAUAGUUAGUGGAUUUGAGAUUAAGAUUAAUUUUUUUUGGCUGAUUUGGGAAGUGGUGGAAAAUGAGUGUGAGUAUGGAGGAGGAUGAUUCAGCUUCAAAAAUACAUCUUCCUGCAGAUAUAAAUUGGGAGAUGCUUGACAAAUCUAAGUUUUUUUUCUUGGGUGCUGCGCUUUUUUCUGGUGUGUCAGGUGCACUUUAUCCAAUAGUAGUGUUGAAAACUAGGCAGCAAGUUAUGAGUACUCGAAUUCCAUGUCUAAAAAUGGCAGGAUCUAUGUUGAGGAGUGAAGGGUAUAGAGGAUUUUACAGAGGAUUUGGUACUUCUCUUACAGGGACUAUUCCUGCUAGAGCACUUUACAUGGGGGCACUUGAAGUGACCAAAAGUAGUGUUGGAACUGCAACUAUUCAGUUGGGAUUCUCUGAAGCAUCGUCCUCGGCUAUUGCCAAUGCUGCUGCAGGGCUCAGCGCGUCCAUGGCAGCUCAAUUGGUGUGGACACCAAUUGAUGUUGUGAGUCAGAGGUUGAUGGUUCAAGGAAGUGGAAAUUCUAGCUGUGGUGUUGUUGGAUUGAAGUGUUAUAACGGUGGGAUCGAUGCGUUUAGGAAGAUUGUUUGUGGUGAUGGUUUGAGGGGAUUGUAUAGAGGAUUUGGUAUUUCAAUACUGACUUAUGCACCUUCAAAUGCAGUGUGGUGGGGUUCAUACUCUAUUGCUCACAGAUUGAUUUGGGGUUCAAUUGGUUGCUAUUGUUGCAAAAAAGACGAUGAGGGUGGUUAUCGGCCAGAUGGGAAGGCAAUGGUAACAGUUCAAGGGUUGAGUGCAGCCAUGGCUAGUGGGGUGUCUGCAUUAGUGACAAUGCCACUUGACACUGUCAAAACAAGAUUACAAGUAUUAGAUGAUGAUUGUCGUAGUAGUAGUAGUAGUAGUGGUAGGAGAACACCAACAGUUUUACAGACAGUGAGGAAUUUAGUGAAGGAAGGUGGAUUUAGUGCUUGUUAUAGAGGAUUAGGUCUAAGAUGGGCAUCAAUGUCCAUGUCUGCAAUAACUAUGAUCACUACUUAUGAGUUCCUCAAGAAACUAUCCACCAAGAAUCAAGAAAGCUUUGUUUGAUGAAAUCUUGCAUUGACAUUGAGCACAGAAACCAAAGAGGGAAGAUGGAGCCCUUCCAAACUCACGGCGAAUCUGAAUUAGUCUGGCCAGUGUUUAUAUGGCACGAAUCCAGAUUAGUCGGCCAGUAAAUGCAUUCACUGGAUAGCAAAGGUUUAAACCUAAAGAAAAGGGUAGAUGGAGAAGAUGUUUUAUAUCUUGAAUCCUUUUGAAGUUUUAUUUUUCUCAUCUUUUACCUAGCCUAAUGUAAAUUUUGUAAAAAAUGUAGUAGCAAUGUUAUGCCAAUUUUCUUUUUUUUUUUGUAUUUCAAGUGUUCUUACUUGUUCAA